AUGAACGAAUUACUGCAGAAACAUGGUUGUGCUAACGUAUUUACUAUUCCAGAAGGCCUCAAAGAACUCAUGGCUGAUAUAACUCGUGAGGUACUCCGCGCGCAACCCGAAAAAAUAUUCGACUUCAUAGCCAACUACCUCUCCGUGCUCAUCAUCACGCGCGAGCACGGUAUCAUGGCGGUGAAGAUACUGGACGACCUGUGCGACUGCCGACCCUCGGUGACGGAGCAUUUGGAGGCCUUGGGCUUUCCGCUGGUGCAGGCUUCAACUAUAGCUGCUAUUAUACACGAGGAGAUCGAGAAGACGGAGCCGGAUGAGGGGAAUGAGCAUGUACAAGAGACUCAGAUCCUGAAAAAAAUCCUGCAAAGGAAUCCUAUAGACGAGGAUAUGACCGCCAAAGUUUGCCAGAUUGCAAGAAACGCUUACCGCGACUAUUGGUAUAGGAAGAAAUUGUUAGCAAAGACUUUAUCGAAAAACCCCGAAGAGCCUUGGGAGGUAGCCGCGGCACAUACCCUCGAGAUCUACAAGAGAACCAACCCAACCUUCAGCGAGCUCAACAGAGCCACACAGAAAAUACAGGCCGCGUACAGGGGCUACCAUGUCCGCAGAAACUUGCUCACUUUCAAGGAAAAGCCCGGGCCGAAGAAGAAGCUGCCUGGGCCGCCGAUUGACGUCGCAGGCUCCAGGGUGGUCGACCUGGGACGCGUUAUCAGUCUAAAAGUAGGCCAAGAUGACGUAAGCAAGAUGUUCGAGGUGGACGUCAGGAACCAGCUGGGUCUGCCGUUUGACACCACUCGCAUGCUCACGCACAUCCCUAGCGGAGAUAUAAACGCGAACGAGUGCUCCUGCGAUCCCAUUCACUUUUCUGGUCGCCGUGGUAUGCCACGAACGCCGUAUUCAAGUGGCAUGGUAGAUAAAGAUGAAAGUGAUGAUGAUAGCAUUCCAUCGAUUACUAACGUUCCCAGAAUCUCCUUUGCAGUGGAGCCGCCAAAGAUCUUCGGCGAGAAAUAUGACGAGGGCCACAAAGUACCCCAGUCGCACAAAGUGCCCGAGGUGCCCGCUCUGGUCCCAGCGCAGGACUCCGACGAAGAGGCCGAGGAAGUCGCCGAGGAUAUCACCGAGGUAGUCACCGUGGAAGUCGCCGAGGAUAUCACCGAUGCAACACGCACGGAAGGCGAUGAGAGCUCCGUGUCGGAUGCCACCACCGUCCCUGACGCCACGGCCACGGACGCGACCGACGAAGACGCGCAAGAGGACGAAGAAUAA